UUCACUCCUCAAAUUAUGUUUAUCUUUUUUAUGCCCAAAAUUUUAUGUUCGUUGGUGGACUUAUUUCGCGCCAACUUCUGUCGGUUGGAAUUGGAACUCCAACUGCAUUCUCAGACACAGUUUCAUUCGACCAUCCGAACGCGGAUGUGGAUGUCGGUACACUUCAUGCGUCGGUGAUUUGUCCUUAAAGAAGCAUUCUUUGAUGAUGGAACUGCCAAACCCACCUCCCGUUCCUUCCCCUUCGGAAUCUUACGCCUAUCUGCUUCAGACCAGCCUCAAGAACAGGGACCCGUUCGCCGCAAGAUCGGUCCAUGCUCAGAUAAUCAAGUCGGGCCUACAUUUCGGGCUGUUCCUGAUGAAUAAUCUCAUGAAUUUCUACGCGAAAUCUGAGUUUGCGGACGAUGCCCGCCGCGUGUUCGAUGAAAUGCCCGAGAAGAACACGUCUUCUUGGAACACGAUCCUCUCCAUGUAUGCGAAGCGGGGUUCUGUCGACGCAGCACAUCGCUUGUUCAGGGAGAUUCCUGAACGUGACUCUGUUUCUUGGACGGCGAUGAUCGUGGGAUAUAAUCGGACUCGUCGUUUCGUAGAUGCAGUUCAAUUGUUUGUAGAUAUGUUGUCGGAGAGAGUUUUGCCUACCCAGUAUACUUUGACUAAUGUCCUUGCAUCUUGCGCGGCUGUUAAAGCUUUGAUUGUAGGUAGAAAGAUUCAUUCUUCAGUAGUUAAACUUGGGUUGAGUAGCUGUGUUUCUGUGGCGAAUUCUCUCCUUAACAUGUAUGCAAAGUCAGUUGAUAAGAUGACAGCCAAGAUGGUAUUUGAUAGAAUAAAGUUGAAGAACACAUCAAGCUGGAAUGUCAUGCUUUCAAUGCAUAUGCUUUCUGGCCAUGUUGACCUUGCUCUUGCCCAGUUUGAUAGGAUGGACGAAAGAGAUAUUGUCUCUUGGAAUUCAAUGAUUGCUGGUUUCAAUCAGCAUGGGCAUGAUACUGAAGCACUGGAUUUUUUCUCUAGGAUGCUUAAAGAUUGUUCUCUGAAGCCUGAUAAAUUUACUUUGGCAAGUGUUUUGUCCGCCUGUGCUAAUCUUGAAAACUUAAGGCUAGGGAAAGAAAUUCAUGCUUACAUGGUGAAAAGUGUGUUUGAUACGUCCAACGCAGUUGAAAAUGCUUUGAUCUCGAUGUAUGCGAAGUCUGGUGAAGUUGAAACAGCAAGAAAAAUUGUUGAAAAAUGUAAGACUUCAAAUCUGGAUAUAAUAGCUUUUACAGCAUUGUUGGAUGGGUAUGUUAAGCUUGGAGAUAUACAUCCUGCCAGACAAAUAUUUGACUUACAGAUGGAGCGGGAUGUGGUUACAUGGACAGCUAUGAUUGUAGGUUAUGUGCAGAAUGGGUUGAAUGAUGACGCAAUAGAGAUUUUCAAACAAAUGCUUAGAGAAGGCCCCAGACCUAACAGCUAUACUUUAGCAGUUAUGUUGAGUGUAAGUGCACGUGUGGCUUCUUUAAAUUAUGGAAAACAGAUCCAUGCUAAUGCCAUAAGAACACGUGAAUCUUCUUCUGUAUCUGUGAGUAACGCGCUGAUAAACAUGUACGCAAAAUCUGGAAACAUCAAUGACGCAAGAAAAGUAUUUGGGUUGGUACAUGACAACAGGGACACAGUCUCUUGGACUUCCAUGGUUAUUGCUUUGGCUCAACAUGGUCUUGGAGAAGAUGCUCUAGAACUGUUUGAGAAGAUGCUCGCUUUAGGGAUAAAACCGGACCAUAUAACUUAUGUUGGUGUUUUAUCUGCCUGUACGCAUAUUGGAUUGGUUGAACAGGGACGCAGUUAUUAUGACAGGAUGCGACAUACGGACAAAAUUAAACCCACCCCAAGUCAUUAUGCCUGCAUGAUUGACCUAUAUGCGCGUGCUGGAUUGCUACACGAGGCCCAAAGGUUUAUUGAGAACAUGCCUAUUGAACCAGAUGUUGUCGCCUGGGGUUCACUUCUGGCUUCAUGUAGAGUGUAUAAAAAUGUGGAACUGGCAAAGUUUGCUGCAGAAAAGCUGCUUAUCAUUGAUCCAGAUAACAGUGGCGCAUACUCAGCUUUGGCGAAUGUGUAUAUGGUCUGCAGAAAAUGGGAGGAUGCUGCUAAAGUUAGGAAGUCCAUGAAGGAGAGAGGAGUUAAAAAGGAACAAGGAACCAGUUGGGUUCAACUAAGGAACGAGGUUCAUGUCUUUGGUGUCGAAGAUGGGCUUCACCCACAGAAAGAUGCAAUCUACCAGACCAUUGAUAAGAUCUGGAGGGAGAUAAAGAAGAUGGGUUUUGUUCCAGACACCGAAUCAGUAAUGCAUGACCUUGAGGAAGAGGUGAAGGAGCAGAUUCUCAGACAUCACAGUGAGAAACUUGCAAUUGCCUUCGGGUUACUGAACACUCCGGAGAACACUACAUUAAGGAUCAUGAAGAACCUAAGGGUCUGUAAUGAUUGCCACUCAGCCAUUAAGUAUAUAGCUAAGCUAGUUGGCAGAGAAAUCAUUGUGAGGGACUCUACUCGUUUCCACCAUUUCCAAGAUGGUAUGUGUUCUUGUCGGGACUACUGGUAGAAGGAGAUUGUCGAUAAGAGUUCUGAUGUAAAAGGACUUGUGUAAGAUGUCUGAAUGAUCUUUCAAGAUGUUAGGCAGAUCUAUGGCUGAUGGGUAAUUCUAUCAUGCUGUAAAACCCUGCUUCUACCAUGUGUUGCCAUGUAAGGUGGCAGGAACAGAGGAGGGGGUCUGAUUUAUGCUGAUGCUGUAACUGCAUUGAGGACAUUUUUGGACAAACAACAAUUUUGGCAGGUGUCUGUUUACUCGUGUGGAGUCAGAGUUAUAUACUGAAACGGUAUAAAUGACAUUAUGCUGCACUGGUUUUUCCGACACAUUGUUGGGGAACGGAUCUCGAUGUGCAAGUGAACUGCGCUCGACAUUAAUCGGUUUCGUAGGAAUUCUUGUAUCUAUCGCUUUCCGUUAAAAUAGUGCUGGCGCUUCAAAUGCUAUGGUAGCAACAACCAUUGGCAGGGGACCAGCCACACAUGCCCUUGGUGGCGAGAGGUGACCUGGCACGAACGGGGGCACCGACAACAUUUGCGUGUCAUAGACGGAUUGCCAAGUCAUCAAUCCGGAGAAACAAGAGCUGUUAGCAUUGGUAGUGGAACUUGACUUCCACCAUUGAAUCAUGAGAUCAGAAUUCGUAUCCAUCAAGAUGUAUCUCUAUUAUAUGAUUGGUCGAGAUGAGGAUUGAAUCUCUCUACCGUUUGAUCGUUAAAUGAGAAUAAAUCUUUACUGUUACAGUUGUAAUUAGAGGGACUCUUGUAUAUAUAAGGGAGCCCUCUUCCUCAUUUGUAUCAUCCUACAUUUGAGCAAUUACAUUCUUUCCAAAA